CGAAGUGGACGGACAUAUCAUACAUCUCCCUGAACCCUCCAAAAGCAAAGCAGACAGAAUACAGUUAGGUGGGGUGACUUCCUAUUCUGCCCAGUGGUGCGCAUUGCACACCCCCCCCCCUCCUUUCAGUUCUGUCACUUUAUGUGCCAAGCUGUUCUGUCCCCGACGUUCCAUCAUCCCCAUUGCUUCCCCCACAGCACAUUCAAGCUCUCAUAAGUCUGAAGAAACUGCCAUCCUGACAUCAAUGGAGAAGCUUGGCGUUUGAUGCUUUAAGGGGACUGAUUUGAAUUCACGGAUAGGCCUGCUGCCCGCUCGACUUUCAAGUAGAAUGGCAAGUGAUGCAGUGGUGGUUGCAGUUGAUGCAAGCAAAGAGAUAACAGACCAUGCUCUUGAAUGGGCAGUGCGUAAUGUGGUCAAGGCCAUGGACUCUCUAGUCCUACUUGCAAUUGUUCCUUCACAUGGACGUCCUCUGUCUGCUGUGAGCCGGACCCAUCACUCUCGUGUUCAGCAGUUCCUAGCUUGCCUUCUGAAGAAAUGGGGACUUAAUUACAAUAAAGGUGGUUCUCCAGAUCAGAUUGGUCUUUACAAUGGAGUCCAUCAUGAAGAGUCUAGCAGAAUAAAUGAGGUCUGUGUGGAGAUGAUGAGGCAACUCUGUUCUGCAAACAAUGUCUGGCAGGUGAAAACACAAGUGAAGGUUGUUCCUGAUGGGACGGUGGGCUCAGUUGCAAGAGAAUGCAAAGAACUGCAAGCAACAUGGAUCAUUCUUGAUAGGCGAUUAAAGAAGCAAGGUGACUGUUGCUUGAAACAACUGGAUUGCAAUGUUGUAAUUAUAGACAAGAGCAUCCCAAAAGUCCUGAGAUCAGUUGAUUCUCAAUCAGUAAAAAAGAUUAAUGUGGAUCGAUUGCAAAGUGGCCGAACAGUAGGUGAUAUAUUGGGCAUCUCUCCGACCUGCAGUCUUGAUUACAAUAAUGCAGCAGCUACUCCAAGCAGCCUUGGAUUAGAUAGUACAAGUCCGGAUACAGACAUUUCUUGCUCCUCUUACAGUACAGACAGAGACAAUUUCCAGGCAACAACUCCUUCCACCAGAAGAUUUCGACUUCCUAAAUCUUUUUUCUCCCGUAAUUCCCAGUUAGACAACCAGGAUAUCAAGGCUAAAGCCACAUAUUGUUCCCCUCAUAGUAAAUCACAGCCACUUAGUAAAGUGUCAAGAUUUGAAAUUGAUGAAACACCUCGUAAGUCUUCAGCCAGCCCCGUGGAGAGAAGCAGAGGUUACAGUGGUUUAUUGAAGACAAAGAAUGUACCCACUCCAAACAGAAGAUCAGCAGACUCACCACGGUUAUGGCAGAAUUUGGCUAGCCUAACUCAAGCAAGGCAACUUCUAAUUGGUAGAAGGGACUCGAAGGAUGGGAAUGGAAAUGAAACAACUCUAUCCCCUUCUUCUCCAAUGAUGCAAAGAACCUCAAGCAUAAGAAGAGCCAUGUCUGUAUCCAUCAAGCAGCCUCCAACCCCUCCACCUCUUUGUUCAGUUUGUAAACACAACUCUCCCAUCUUUGGCAAGUCCCCAAGGAAAUUCAGUUAUCAGGAGAUUGAAAGAGCAACAAAUGGAUUCUCCAGUGCAAAUUUCUUGGCUAGGGGUGGAUAUGGUUCCGUAUUUAAAGGAAUCUUGCCUGAUGGGCAGCUUGUUGCCGUGAAACAGCAUAAGGUGGUAGGUGCACAGGGAGCAUCAGAGUUUUGCUCGGAGGUUGAAGUGUUGAGCUGUGCACAACACAGAAAUUUGGUUAUGCUGGUUGGCUAUUGCAUUGAAAAGGAGUGGCUUCUUGUCUAUGAAUUUGCUUGUAAUGGUUCCUUGGACAAUCACUUGUAUGGGUUCAAUACAAAGAAACUAAUGACAUGGAACAGUAGAAUGAAAGUUGCCAUUGGAGCUGCAAGAGGUUUGAGAUAUUUACACGAAGAUUGUCGCAUCGGUUGCAUUGUUCACAGAGACUUGCGACCCAGCAACAUCCUCCUCACCCAUGAUUUUGAACCAAUGGUAGGAGAUUUUGGUCUAGCAAGGUGGCAGGCAGAUGAUCAGUCAGCUGAGGAGACACAAGUCAUCGGUGCGUUUGGGUACUUAGCCCCAGAGUACAUGCAGACUGGGUUAAUCACAGAGAAAGCUGAUGUGUACGCAUUUGGAGUUGUGUUACUGGAACUCUUAAGUGGCCUAAAGGCAACUGAUUUGAUGAGAAGUGAAGAAGAGCAUUAUCUUUCUGAAUGGGGUCAUUCAUUGCUUGAGAAAAAGAUGAUCAGUGAAUUAGUUGAUCCUCGCUUGGAGGGAAAUUACAUAGAGAAGGAGGUUGAGUGCAUGAUGCAUGCUGCCAGUUUUUGUCUCUCACCCCAUCCUGAAAGAAGGCCCCGGAUGUCGAAGGUAUUGAGAAUAUUGGAAGGAGAAAUGCCUACUGACAUGGCAUGUCAAUAUGGAGAAUUGACCUCUACUCCCCAGUACAGAAGGAAGAACAGUUAUAAUGCAGAUGGACCAUUGAACCAAAAUCAUUGGACUCAAGACUUUAGUGCUUCUUCACAUAUAAUUCAACACAUGCAACAUAUGAAGCUUCCUUCAUCUACUGACAAUGCACAAAGAAGCAAAGACCAUAAAAGAAAGAUCAAGCAAACAUUUUUGGACAAGAACACAAUGGAAAGACUGAGCAGUCACUGGAGCUUGGACCAAACUGAUAAAUUAGAAUUGAAUAAUAUCAGACACAUCUGCACGAGUCACUACUAGUCGAGUUAUUCAUGGGGCAAAUGUAAAGUAAAACUCCUACUCCCUGUAUUCCAACAGAACCACCAUUGAUGCAUCUAAAGCAAGAUCAGAAACCAGUGACAGCAAGUUGACUUCCGCAGGUACUUAAAACUUGACUGAGUUAGUUGACCUGAUGAGAAAAACGAGGUUCAGAUUUUCACAGCCUGUCACCAAGUCAUUAAAGAGAUCUUUCAGAAACUAGUCAUCCCAGUUCUGAAUGGACCAAACUCUGGAGUCAGAAAAACUGACAGGUUAAUGAAAUGCAGUGGACUACAAAUUACAUGGAUUUCUUGUCGCAAAACUGCAAGUAUCUCCCUGCAUUUUGCUACAAGAUUUGAUGACGUAACUGUUAGACAGUUUUGUAUGCCCUUAGCUUCAAUCAGAAUGAUGUACUUUAUGAGUUUA